UGCACACUGUCAACACUUCGACGUAUCCUGCAACCACGAGCGAAACUCCAACAGGGAAGAUGCCUGCCAACCGCAAAGGAAAGGCGAAAGCACGUCCACCGACACCUCCCGAAGAUGCGGAGAACGAAGAGCCUCCAAGGAAGCGCCAGCGUCGUAUACGAACGGAGGCACCUCCCCCACCGGAGUGUACCGAGAGUACGGCCAAUUACUACGUCCUCGGCCAAAAAUACUACUGCAAGCUCUGUCGCGAGGCGGGUUAUAUCUUUUUGCAGCAGUACGAGCGCGAUAUUAUUCGUCAUACAGAAGCAAAGGUCCACAAAAUCCCGGAGCACGUCUGUACCGAGGAGUUUGAUUGUCCGUGCCCCGACAAGCGUGCGUAUACGAGAAGGGACAGUGAUAAGCGUCAUGUCAUCACAUACGUCAAGAGGGCGCGAGUGGCUGCACUCAAGGCUGGAGAUAGAGAAGAGUUGAGGAAGCUCGAUACGUACAUUCUGUCUGGGGUGGUGGGCGAAGAAGAAGCUCGAUGCAUAACGACUAAGGCGCUGAGUAGCAUGGGUCGUUUGCGCUACUCGACAGGAACGAUUGACGAACCUCUAAGGAAGAAGCGGAAAUUCGCAAAAUUACCAUGUUGGACGCCACGAGGAUACUGCUCUCCGGUCGAUGCAUGUAUGACAUCUCAGGCAACCAAGGUGCUCGAUUCGACAAUCCUACCUACCGCAGAUCAGCAAAAUGACCCACCCACUCCUUUUCUGCCUGGGUCGACGGGUGUGUUCUACUAUCACCUGCCUAUCCCUGGUGCACCGGUUCUCAGCGGGGAACUGCGUUUCAAGCUGUGCAAUGACCCCGUCUUCUUCGCAACCUCCCCCAACCUCCGGCUCCCAAGUCAGUCGAAGGUAUGGGCGAUAAGCCUUCAUACGAUGUUGACAACACCGAAGUGGCGAUCGCUCGGCCAGCUGCUCGUCCAGGAGAGGCUCGUGUCCCCUGCUGUGGUUGACGCGAUUCGCCGACUACCCCGGGUGAACUUCAAGGUCCAUUCACGAGUCUUGUACUCACUCAAACAGCCGUUCGAAUUCGACCUGGGGAAAGUAAGGUCCUGCUUCGUGUUGCUGAGCCUGCGCCUCGCUAUGAAGCUCAUGAUACUCAACCUGAAUAUCCGCAAGUUCGCGGGCCGCUCCAACUUCACAGGCAUGUUUGAAUUUUCCACGCUUCCUGAACACGCUGCCCAAGACCCGACUCUUGUCCUGCACGUCCUGGAGGUGCUGACACCCCAUCGAGUGGACAAACUCUGGGCGCUCCCUCUUAAGCAGCGCGUUCUUACACCAAAAUUCAGAGAAUUUAUCGGCCUUCCCCCGUUGCCCACCGAUAAGCUGACGAACAGCUAUAGGGCGUUUGCGAAGAUGUAAG